AUGUUCCGUGAAGUGUUUGGUUUUUGCGUUUUACUUAGUUUUUGCAAUGCGGCGAACAUUCUAUAUUUAAUUACUUACAUCGGGAAGUCUCAGUACAUAAUGUUGAAACCCAUAGGGCUGGAGCUAGCUCGUAGAGGUCACAAUGUAACAGUUAUAACAGUAUUUAAAGAGCAUGACCCGCCGCCGAAUUAUCAUCAAGUUGUAGUCGAUGAAAACAUUUUUGACGCUAUGGGUGGAAAACGACCGAGCCAUUUUACAUCCGUAGAUUUAUCGGCAGAAGAAAGACACAACCGCUUCCUAUGGAAUGGGGGUUUAACUCUUAUUGAAAUCGUACUUAAUUCAACUCAAGUGAAACAAUUUUUACAUGCCGAUCACAACUUCGACGUAGUCAUAAGUGAGCAGUUUUUCCAAGAAGCGAUGUAUAUUUUAGCACACAAGUAUAAUGCUCCAUUGGUUUUGAUAACCUCGUAUGGGAACUGUAUGAGGCACAAUAUCGCCACACGGAAUCCUCUUCAGUUGGCAACUGUCAUGUCAGAGUUCUUAGUUGUUGAGCAACCAAAGAGUUUCUUUGGUAGACUGAGGAAUUUCUACUUUACCGUGUACGAAUACGUGUGGUGGAGGUUUUGGUAUUUAGAGAAAAUGGACAAAUUGGCCAGGGAAUAUGUUCCAGAUCUAAAAGAACCUGUGCCAAGUUUGUAUCAGUUGCAAGAGAAUGUCUCUUUGUUUUUAAUCAACAGUCACUUUAGUGUUGACCCACCCACUGCUUACUUACCAAAUAUUGUCGAAAUCGGGGGAGUGCACUUGUCUCCAAACAUAUCUAGGCUUCCUAAAGAUCUUCAAAAGUUACUUGACGACUCAAAAGAUGGUGUAAUUUACAUGACUUUUGGUUCGAAUAUACAAAGUUCGAAGCUACCAAUGGACAAAAGGAACGCUUUCUUGAAUGUCUUCAGAAAGCUAAAACUAACUGUUGUAUGGAAGUGGGAAGACGAACAUUUAGAAAAUAAACCAGAUAAUGUGGUUUUACGAAAAUGGUUACCGCAAAAUGAAGUAUUAGCUCAUCCAAAUAUCAAAGUGUUCAUAUCACACGGAGGAUUGAUCGGAGUACAAGAGGCUAUAUAUCAUGGCGUCCCCAUAAUCGGUGUACCAAUAUACGGUGACCAAUAUAACAACUUAUUACAAAUGCAGGAGGCAGGUGUGGCAAAAAUAUUACAAUUCCACGACAUAAACGAACAAAGCUUAGAGACAUUACUCAAUGAAAUCCUUAAAGAUGUUUCAUAUAAGAACAGGGCGAAGAAAAUUUCUAGAAGAUUCAAAGAUCGUCCUAUGAAUCCUUUGGAUACUGCAAUUUACUGGAUAGAAUACAUAAUAAGAAAUAAAGGUGCUAAUUAUAUGAAAAAUCCAGGACUGGAAUUAAGUUGGAUCGCAUAUAAUAUGUUAGAUGUAUACGCGUUUUUCGUUCUGUUAUUAUUAUUAUUUAUUUAUUUAUUUAAUAAAAUAUUAAGCGCUGUAAAAAGUCUAAUUACAAAUAAAAGGGUAGUAGAAAUAAGAAAUGGUAAAAUGAAGGACAAUUAA